AUUCGGAGCAGAAUGGGGGAAGUGCAACUAAACGCCAUCAAGAAAUAAAGAAAGCUGAGCGUCUGCAUAUAUAUUGAGAGGAGCAAACUUACGCGGACAACAGUUCUGAGAGUUUUACAUGAUCCCGGCACGACAACAAACCUCUGCUGUUUAUUUCAUGAUUCAAACAACUGCGUCGCAGGUCGUUCCUCAUGUGGAUGGGAUGACAGAUGGCCCAACGGAUACAUCACAUGACGGGAACUCGGGGUCACUUGCUUUUGUGCUGGUGCCAAUCUUCUUUUUAAUGGGCCUUCUGGGAGUCUUGAUCUGUCACCUUCUGAAAAAGAAGGGAUACCGCUGCACCACAGAUACGGAGGCAGAUAUCAAAGAAGAAAAGAAUGGAGAGGAAAAGACAGAGAUGAAUGAUACCUUUAGUGAGUGCAACGCUGAUACAGUUGGCCAAAUUGUGCAUUACAUCAUGAAAAAUGAAGCUAAUUCAGAAGCUUUAAAGGCCAUGGUACAAGACAGAAGUAUAGACCCUGACAGUCCUACAACUCCAAGUAGUCCAGUUAUUCAAGUUACCCCAAGCACACCGCUGACACCUGCUAAGCAUACCUGUCAAAGCAACCACCUGCACACAAUCGGUGGGGCGGCUGAGAGGAACGUCUGCUCGCGCUGCAACCACAAGAAAUGGCCUUUAAUAUGGCAGGGCAACAAGGCAAGAGACUUAAAGAGGAUUCGCCAUGGAGAGAUCACUGUGCUCUCUGUGGGGAGGUUCCGAGUAACAAAGGCAGAGAGCAGGUCCAAUCCAAAGCAACGAAAGAGCCUGAUUUCUGAGUGCCAGGAUGGAAUAGGUUCCAGUGGUGAAGUCCCUGCUACCCCUACACAAGAGGAAUCAAAGAGCAGAGCUGCCUCUGAGCCACAGCAACCAAGUAAUACAGACCUGUGAUGCUGUUUAUAAGGGUUUGUAUCAUCAUUAACAUGGUGGAAAGAGUGCCCUCCCUGCUCAGAAACGAUAGCAACAGUACCCUAACCUGUAAUACCUGCUGUGGCAUAUGGAUGUAGGAAUCUAAGAUUUUAAUUUUUUCUAAAAAAAAAAAAAAAAUGUGUCUACUUUUAUACAAGUUUUGCAAUACUUCUAAAUUAUAUAAAAGCUUGAACCCUUUGCCUUACACGGCAUCACCAACAAAUUGAGGGCUUGUUUUAGUGCUCAGUCCUGCAAUAGUGAUGCUCCAGAUGCUUCAAAGACAUUGGAGAUGGAAAUAACACGGAAUAUUCCCUGCCAACCUGAACAGCAGGAUGUAUUUUUUUUAGAUUCUGUUCCUGGUGACUGUGUUGCAGUGCCAUUGUUUGAAAACUCCACGCAAACAUUGUUUGGCAUAUAUACUUAUUGUCCACACCUGUUGCAACAAGAAAGCAAGUGAAGUUUAAAGUUCCAUGGUGGCACGACAGAUUUUAUUUGUACUGUCAGUGUUAUUAUUCUUUUGUCUCCUUUUGUAUCUGUCAGAUACUUGUAUUGCAAGUUUGCCUUUUUAUUUCUGUGUCUUCUCGCGUACCCCAGCCCUCCUUACCUGCUGCAAAGCAUUCAGAUUUUAACAAAUUAGAUGAAAACUAAAAGAUGUGUGUGUGUGUGAGAGACUGUGUGGAAUCUGUAAUCAACACAACAUUUUCAAACAGCAUUACGUUUUCUCAUAGAUUUUACAUGAAAUUCUCGUCAGUCAAAAUGGACAUCUAUAAAAAAAAAAAGUAUUUUAAAGUGUAUUGUAUGUUUCUCACAUUGUGGGCAGAGAAGACUGAAGAGAACUCUGUGAAUGUUGCAGAAGUAAUAAUCAUUAUUACUUCUGAUCAUUAAAUACUGGUAUCCAGUGAAAAAGUUAGGAGCUAAAACUGCAAAAUAAUAAGUGUUUUUGUUUUGAAACAAGUGUCCUUGCCUUUGUGUAUUGUUUACAGUUGGUCAGUUUGGUGCUGUUUUUCUGUACUGUAGCAUGCUAUUCUUUUUUUUUUUAUUUUACCAAAUGUUGCUGUUUAUUUAAUAUCUAAUAGUGCAAUGCACUGUGCUAUUCAAUUUAAUGCUACAAUGUAUGAGAAUCUAUAGGUUAAUUCAUGCCCCCCUGCUUUCCCUGUGAAGUCCUAGGAUGCAGCUUGCAUUACUUGUGUUGGUCCUACCACUAGUUUUACAGAUAACAACUAAGAGAUAAAGCACCCAUGUCACUGUCAGAACAUGAAAUAGAAAUGAAUAUACUGGAAAACCACACCAAAAAAAAAUUCUCUCAGAUGAAAAUGUUAUUUACUGUCCAUUUUGUCUUUUGAGUUAAAUGUUUGUUGUGUUUUAUUUUUUUUUUCUGUACUAGUUUAUAUUGCUCACAAUUCUGUUUUUAACUGCUCAGGUUUACAGUAAUUCAACAAUAACACUACUUAAACACACGUUUUGUGUGACAACUGUGUAUAGGAUAAGGAGAAAUCUGUUGGCCACAUUAUGUGAAUUUCUAAAGUAAGCAAUAUGUUUUUUUUUUUUUUUUUUUUUAUAAUUUUGUAAUAAAUAAAAUGUACUUAUUUAACUGAAGCUGUUUUUUUCUUUACCCAAUGCUGCCAGUUUCAUAUUUUGGUAUUAUAUAGCUAUUAUAAGUGUUUUCUUUUUAUAUGCAAUAUCCGUUUGUAUGUGGCUAUGGAUAUUUUAUGUAUCUGGAUAUAAAUUAAAAUAUAGAGAGCAAUGUAUUUAUAUAGGUAAACUACAUAUUGGUUAAUGAAUAUCUUUGGAAAGGUUAAUGUUUAUAUUGUUUUGCUUGUCUUUUUUUUCUGUGUAAACUGUAACAUGCAUCUUUAUCGAACAGAAAAAAAAUGUUGAGACAUUAAAAACGCACCAUGUGUUUAAUUCGAUUUAAUGAAACGUAGACGAUGAGUAAUUUAGGGGGAUGUUACGAAUAUAACCCUGGGAUCAUCGCAAGUGGCUCCUUCAGUCCUUUCUUGUCUGUUCAUUGAAUUCAACAGAGCCUUGUUCCAAACAGGACUUUAUGUAUUGUUUUCUAGCUGAGCUUAGUAAUUGAAGACCUGGAUUAGAAUGGAUAAAUGUGUCUGUUAUUAAAACUUAGCAGUGCAAAAUCUCACAGUACCCUUGUGAGAGACAGCGAAUGAAUCGACAGUCUCCCUCCCGUCCUGUGAGGGUGCGGUAUAACAGGAACAGUGUGUCCCGGACUGGAUGGAUGGUGUGACAGUUCAUUCCAGAGUCAGUCGGAAGUCAGCCAUCCUAAAAGAGGGCGAAGCCACAAUACUGCAAGUCAGUACUGCGGUAGGUGAUGUGUCAGUUAUGGAUUGGAGGAGACGUGAUUGCACUCGCUAGCAAACGGGGUGUGACUGAAGGGAUAUCAGGGGAUGCGGCCAAGUGAUCUGUUCCUGUGUUAUGGUUACGGACUGACAGAGAGGAGUAAAAGAAACUGAGUGUUUAGUGUUGUCUUGUCUGUCUUACUAACUGUUGUUAUUUGUCA